UCCCGAACAGAGAGCAAUGUUAGAGACACUUUGUGGCAGGAAGUCGGUAUUACCGGCUUCAGUUUAGCCUGAACUCCCGAGUGGGAGCUCACAAUCUGGCAGAGAGGAAAGGGAGGGAGUGAAUGAGAUUCACCGCUGGCGCUGCUGCAGUGAGUGCUUGUGUGAGACCGUGAGGUGGAGUUUGUUUGCGCCCGGGACACGCACUAAGACUCCAUAAUUUUCUGUGUAUAAAGAAAGGCUUACCUGAUUGAUGGAAUGAGGACUCUCACGGUGGAGAGACAUCUUGCUGGCUCUGUUAGGGCCAGGUGAGGGUUGGACUGUUGCAGAGUCUAGCAGUUUAUUGGCCCUGACUUGAAGGGUCAGAUGUAGAUCAGGAACAAGUGCAAGUGGAGAUGGCCACAGAUCAGCACAAACUUUGGAAGAGGCUGAAUCACUGACAGUGACUUCUGGAUAUCUGUGUUAAUCUGCACAUGUGACUCAUUUGUGUAAAUUGACUCCAACCAUUUUCAUACUUCUUGCAAGCGCUUCUUGUGCAGUUAAGCAACCAUGGUCAUCAAACAAGGUUUACUGGAUUGCUGCAUACUAAUCCUGGCUCCAUGUAACCCUUAGUACUAGCGCUGGGUGCUGCUUCAGCAGUUGUGUGCAUAGCUUGGGGUUUUUUAUAUCACACUGAAGGCAUCACUUAAGCUUCAACUUACCAAAAGCUGUGCACCCUAUACAGAUGAAUGAAGACCCCAUUUGGGAAACGAUCCAGUCAGAGGUUAUCAAUUGAUGCAGCAGGUCUUCCUGGUGUGUCUGGUAAUAUGAUGAAGAAGAAAAGUAAUCACAGGAAACAUCGUAGCAAUGUGGGACCAAGCAAAACUGUAACUCAUUCACGGCGAAAUAUUGUGGGUUGCAGAAUUGAACAUGGGUGGAAAGAACAAGGUGGAAUUACACAAUGGAAAGGCACAGUUUUGGAUCAAGUUCCAGUAAAUCCGGCACUUUACCUUAUCAAAUACGAUGGAUUUGACUGUGUAUAUGGACUUGAACUUCACAAAGAUGAAAGGGUGUUAGGAUUUCGGGUCCUCCCAGAUAGAGUUUCCGCUUCUCGAAUCAGUGACGUAGAUCUGGCAGAAAUGAUGAUAGGCAAAGCAGUUGAGCACAUGUUUGAGAAAGAUGAUGAUGGGGCUAAAGAUGAAUGGCGGGGAAUGGUGCUGGCACGUGCUCCAAUCAUGAAUACCUGGUUUUAUAUUACCUAUGAAAAGGAUCCCGUCUUGUACAUGUACCAGCUUUUAGAAGACUACAAAGAAGGAGAUUUACGAAUUAUGCCUGACUCAAAUAACGAUUCUCCACCAGCUGAGAGAGAACCAGGAGAAGUAGUAGACAGCUUGGUGGGUAAACAAGUGGAAUACGCCAAAGAAGAUGGCUCAAAGAGGACUGGCAUGGUCAUCCACCAAGUAGAAGCCAAACCAUCAGUGUAUUUUAUCAAGUUCGAUGAUGAUUUUCACAUUUAUGUUUACGAUUUAGUAAAAACUUCUUAGAUGCACUCCAUAAUAUAAUGGGAAGGCCAUAUUGGCCUGUACAUGAACUAAUUCCAUAUGUGGACAUUGAUAAACUAGGCUUCUAGAAGUCCAGUAAGAUGUGUAAGCUGAUAAUCUCUGCCAACAGAAGUUUGAAUCAGAUAAAUGGUUCUAUAAAUAUUUCCAUUUAUGAUGGUAUGAACGCAAGAUGGUUUUUUGCAGAAAGAAGUCUUAAACCAGUAUUUAAAAGAAAUGGAAACAAGAUUUCCAGUGCACUUUGUCACAAAUGUGCUAGAAGAUAAUAAACAUCAGCAAGGGUUUGGCAAUAGAGUGAGUAAGUAUAGUAGCAUAAAUUUCAACUUAGCAAAACAAUCAUCUGAAUUGGGGGGAAAAACAGUGGUGAAGGAAGAGAGGAGUGGACUGGUCAUUGUCUUAUAGCUCGUUUCAAUUUAACAUCACAUUUGAAGAUUGUGACUCUUGAAGUUGAGCACAUCUUUGGGCUCAGAGUAAGCAGCAAAUUUAUUAAUAUUUUACUGUAUAGAAUUAGAUCUCCUUUAUGGCCUGUUGCAGUAAUAUUAAGAAGUGGAGUUCAAUAUUUUUCAUAAAGCCUUUUGUUUCAAAAUGAACAUAAUAAGUGUCUUAAAUUAGCCAUAAUUUGUUAUGUGGUAAACAGUGCAUAUGUCAGAAGAAAUUAAUAUGAGAUAAAGGAGUAAGGGGAAUAGAAUAAUUUGCUAAUAUCUUUGGGAAAGCUUGACUAGUAUGUCAUUGAAGUAGUAAUUUUAAGUUUUUUUGUGAUAUAAUCAUCGUGGUAUUUAUUAUCCAUCGUAGUUGCCCUGAAAAGAUGGCAUACUGUUGACUUAAACUGCUGCCUUCCACAUGUUGAAUAUCAGCAGUUUGAUUCAAGUCAAUGCCUUCACAAGACAACUUGGUGAAGCGUGCUGUUGAGUAUAAACCAGCCAAUCUGGAUAAGGUUUACAGGUUCCUGCUCUAAAGAACAUUUUAUGACCAUGUAACAACUUUGGGUUUACUUUAAGCAAAAUUGGUUUCAAAUUUAACACAAUCCGAGUAGCAUCAAGAAAUAAUCUAAAAUCACCCAAUGUUACUUAGUAAAUUAUAACUUGUACAGUUUUUCUUGUUUUACAUAGCUAAUUUUUGGUAUUCAUUUUAUCAACAAUGGAAAAGGAUACAUUUUUACCCUAAAAUGGUAGUUAAUUGACUGCAUAUUGUAAACAUUUUCAUUCAAGUGUAAUAAUUUGUCAAUUUAAUAACUAUAAUUUCUAUUUCUGCAGCUUUGUUACUGUUCUAUUUAUUUUUCUCUACCUUUUCUCAAAUCUUCACUCCAGUCCAUCACAUCUCCUUUAUUUUCUGCAUGUGUGCACUCCUAAAUCCAAAUUCCAAAAUCCAACCCUUCAGCACUCUUCACCACCUAAUUCUUCAAUGUGUCCCAGGCUUCACUGCAUUUCCAUAAUCCCACACAAUUUCUCUGCCUCUCUUGGUAUUCUCCAAAGAGACUGACUAGACUAAUUGAUUUCUGUGUAAUUGCCAAAAACUGUGUGACCUACAGGAACUAUUCUUUCGUCCUGUUUCCUGUCCCACUGGCUCUUCCAAAGAUAACUUUAGGGCUUUGCCAAUAAACUAAUUAUCAGCAUCCAAUUUUACAUUUCACCUGAGAAUGUUUGCCCACUUGUGAAUAAGUUUGUUAACAUUUGUGAGUUUAAUGAGAAUGGAUGUAUUGACAUCAUGAUAUUGAUGGCUGAGGGGGUGAUCACAGUUCCCCUUAAAUCUCUGCCAAACUUAGCUUUCCACAGAUGGCAUCAACCAAACUCUUUCUGGUGAUCCAACUCUUUCCACUAAUUUAUACGAUGGUCAUCUUGCCCUCUAGCAUUUCCUCCAACUUUUAAGCAUCUUGCCACCUUCUCCCUGUCUUUGAUUUUGUUCCGUCCCUGAAAAAGACUAUAUCCCAGUUACAGCUCUAUUUGAAAAUCUUCAAUCCGUACAGCUUUUUGUCCAACUUUUACCACCACACUUCUGCAGUUAUUCACCUGUUUAACUUGUAUCCACUUUCUUUACUAUUCUAAGUUGUCUUCCUGUCAGGUGACAACACACUAUUGACUUCUCAAUUUUGAAUCCCUUUCCUGUUGUUUUCUAUGUAGCCUAAAGCAGGGGUCCCCAACCUUUUUUGCAUUGCGGACCGGUUUAAUAUUGACAAUAUUCUUGCAGAAUGGCCAACGGCGGGGUGGGGAUGGUGUUCAAGUUCAACAGUGCAUGACGGAAUGAGGAAAGGUGUAGCUGACUCAUAUUGUUUCAUAUUGCCAAAUCGUAUCAUUUCCUCGCAGCCCGGUAGCACGUGCUUUGCGGUCCAGUGGUUGGGGACCACUGGCCUAGAGGUAUCUACACACCUCCAGUUCUAAGAUCUUGUUCAUUUCUGCUUGUUAAUCUCCAGCCAUUGGUUACUGUGGCUGUCCCUCCCCACCCCACCAAAUGUCUCCAGGUUUCCUUUUCCAUUAGGGUUUCACUUAAGAAGUACCUUUUUGACUCCCUGUCCAAUAGUUUUGUUAUGAAUUGGUGUCAGUUUUAUUUGAUAGCAAUCUGCAAUGCUCCUGAGAUGUUUGAAAUUGCUUAAAGUGCUAAAACUUGCUUCUGUUGUUACUGCACAGUAUAGCUGAAGUAAUUCCUAUAAGUAUCAGAAGCUGAUUUGCCUCUAGCUGGAUGAAUAUUGAUCAUCAUAUUUGAAUAAUUUAUGUAAUUUAUAUAACACAUCAAGGUAAGACUUGGUUAAAAAUAAGAACCCUUUAACAACUCUAAACAGUAUGUGAAACUUCUGCAUCAUGUUUGUACUUUCUAUAAUACGCUUCAUCUUAAACCUUGAAACCUUCAUUGUACAGUAGGAGACAGUAUUGUAGAUAUUAUCAAGAAUGACUUAAACUGCAGUUCAAAUGGCAGCAUUAGAAGUUGCUGCUUAGACCUUGCUUAUGGGUCUUCAGUAAUUGUGUACUUUCAUUCAGUCAAAGGAAAUUGCAAGAGGUUGAGUAUGUUGUCAUUGGUUGGAGCAGCAGUCAGAAGUAUUCUCCCUUGAGAUUCAUUGAACACCUCAUCAGAGGAAUGCAGGAAAGUUAUCUGUGCUAAGACUAUGAAAGUUUACUGUGCAGUAAGAAAGGCAGUGCGACAAAAGAUUAUUUUUUAUCCCGGUUACGAUACUUAGUGUUACAAUAUCUGAUGGCAUAACAAAUAGUCGAUAAAUUCAAAUUUUUGUAUUGCCACUGAGUAGCUAUUUUUGAAAUAUUACCAAUGUUACAAUCAUGAGAGGUAAACAGGCUAGACACUAUAUGAUUUUACAAAAAAAUGGAUUAAAAUCUAUUUUAAUAAGAAAUGCAUGGUCAAGUUUAUUAAUUUGCAAUAGUAUUUUCUUUUUAUUUUCACCUUUAAAAUUCAUCAGAUUGAGAACAUUUAUAGUCAGUGUUGCUCUCUAAAGAAUAUUAUUAGCAAAUGGGAGAUAUUUCAUAGCACUCCCAGAUCUAUCAUCUGCCUGUGUUUAAUCUCAAUAAUUUUAAACAUUAAUGCCAGUGUUCCUAAAUUUAAUAGUGGAUAAGCCAACAAUUUUAGUUUCCUUAGGUAUUUUGGAAACAUUGCAUAGGUUACCUAUACCAUGGCAGUGCAAAUUGAAAUAUUUAGCCUCUAUCAUUGGAGGUAUCAUUGGAUAUCUCUGCUGAAGUAUUUCAAAUUGUGUAUUUUAUCCUAUAACAGUAUUGCCAAUCAUAUGACGUGAAAACUUUUUAUUUACUGUUCCAAUUUUUUCCUUCAGCUUUUAUUGACAGCUGUUAAUUACACCAGAAUAUAACUCCACGAGCACUGCUGGAAAUCCAAUAGUUUCUCCAAGUGAUAAUUAGAUUUAAAAUGCAUUAAUAUUGGCUAGAUAUUGAACUAUAAAGAGGCAUAAUCUAAACAUUCAAAUCAGCUGCCAAGGAAUGAACAUUUGCCAUAUUUGGCUCUGUAUUAGUCCCUCAAUUGAAACUUACUGCAAAAUGCUUGUAGUGACUUUUACAAUUGGUUUUAGCAAACAGUAGAUUAACCUAGAGCUUUCCUGGUGUGUACACCAUUAGUCGUUGUAAGAUUCUCCAAAAUAAAACUGGCACCAAUUUGUGUGCCUAAAUACUUCUCAAGCAUCAUAAACACCAUGCUGGAACUAGUCCCAUGUUUGUUGCUCCUUCUGGGAUAUGAAGCAAAAUAUGAUUCAGUGUUAACUUUUGAUUUGCCAAUUCCAAUAAUCUGAGCCGUAGAUUUUACUUGACUAUAUAUAGUUUUGGCAGCACAAUGCCUGUUUGGUUAAUUCUUAGUGCACAAUGUAUUUCCAUAGUUUCUGAUGUAAAUAGAACUGCCUUUUUUGUUUCAAAGUUGUUAAUACAAUGAUACAUCAGUUGUAAUUUAAAGAUGGUUGACUUGUAUUGACUAUAUUAAGUUACUGGAUUUUAGAACACUGAAAUAAGCCACUUAAAUCUGAUAAUAUGAUAAAAGAUGCUUUUUCAAAACCCUCAUUCACAGUGUUUGUUCUCAAAACGGGCAAAAGCAGCUACCUUGCUUUUGCUGUUAAACUAGCAGUCAUUUUCAAGAACUUAUGAUAUAUUUUCUGUGAAUUCUGCCUUUCAAGUACAACAUUCUUUGGGUUUUCUGAAUCAGGAUGAUAAUUUUUACUUAAAAGAACAUGUUAACCAUCUUCCUGAGUGUUUGCUUUAUUUAUUCAAGUUAUUUUUUCUCUUUAGCCUUGUGCUUAAACACAUUACAAUUUUAUUCUUCAGUCAUCAAUGUGCAGGUACUGUGAUUCAACCAGUAUUCUAAUAUGAGCAACCAAAGGCAGAUCUUAUUUUCCUUUUAGAUUAUUUAUGUAGUAAAUAGUUUCUUGUGUACUUUUUUUAAUGAACCACUCCUUAACCCAACCCAAGUCUGUUUUGUUAAUAUAUGUAAACAAUUUCAUACUACAGUGUUGGCAGAGUUUCUGCAAAUUUUGUCACUUUGUAAAUUUAUUAGAAUGAAACCUGUAAGAUUUUAGGUCCAACCCCUGUUUACCGUUGAAACAAAUGUGACUUAUUUGAAGUCCUUCCUAAGACAAAUCGGGCAGAGAUCUUUAAAUCUGAAAGUGAAGUAAUGAGUGACAAAUUGACUUACAGAUUUAGAUGCAGUGCAGACAUGACCCUGGUUAACAGUCUUUUUCUGGGAGCCAACAGUGCUAAAAUUUUCUUGGGGCUUGUGAUUAUAAGUGACACAAUCUUGGAUAUGUAAUAAAAAUAGUUGAUCAUUUAACGGGCUAUAUACUAUGUGAAGUACAGCUUCUAUAUUGUGAUCUUUUAAAUGCAACGUGUUUUUCUGCAUGUUCUGAAGUUAGAGCCAUUUCACAUAACCAGCUUUGCAUGUAGAACUAUAUUUUAGUUUGUCUGUUUGCUUAUUGUAUUGUCUGAUUGUAAGCUAGGCUGAAAUGUACUGGUUUUAGAACAGUGCCAAUUGUGGUGGCUUAUGUCGUAAAAAGGACCAUACUUUUUUAUUUUCUGAGUGGUGGGUUCUUGGGUGAGGGCAAGUUGUGGUAGGGAAAAUUUACCAAGGGUUGCUUGUUGUGAAUUAAUAAAUAUCAAAAGAACCUAGGUUUAUUCAUUAAAACACGCGACCCUUCUUGGAAUGUAUCCUGGACAUAUUGAAGUGUCAAGUUUUCAAAGAAAUAGACUUGAAAUAUCACUCAUUGGCAUUUAAGCGAAUAUGAGCCUUUUGUUACUAAUUGCAAUUCACAGAAUGAGCAUUUAUUGAUACCUUUGCCAUGAGCAAUUGUUUUAUUUAAUAUAGACUCAGCAAAUUUAACACAAUGCAACCUUCUUAGUUUAGAAGGAGGCAUAACGUACGCGUGUGUGUGUGUGUGUGUGUGUGUGUGUACACAUUUAUACAAGGGUAAGUUUGAUAAUGGGCCUCCCGAUAUGACUUGAUUUUACAAAUCAAAGUCCAAUAUUUCCACAAUUACAUUUUGGAAAUAUUCUUUAAUGAGGUGGGGGGAGGGGAGCACCACCAUUAGAGUACAAUGUACAAUUACAAAUGUAUGGUCCUUCAUUAGUUAGUGUUUUUUUUCAAAAAAACUACUCAGCAUAAAUGUACAAUUGAAAUGUAAUAUUGAUGUUUGCUUCUGGAAUUAGGGAAAUUUUCAAAUGUAUAGACAUUGUAGAUCAUGUUGCUGUAAGCCAUUAGUUCUAUAAACAUCUUUAAAAUCUUGUGCAAGUUUUUUUAUAAUGUUGUAUAAUUAUAAAAAUAAAAAAGUGCAAUUAAAAUGUGUAUCAUACUAU